CCCAAAAUGUUGCUUGAUUUGCUGCUGCCAUCAAUCAGUGCAGAGGUGAACACAGAUCUACUGACUUGUGUGAAAAGACUUGUGUGAACGCUGAACCUGCCAAGGUCAGAUUUUCCAUAGCGAGGAUACUCGAUCACUCGAUCAAAAAAGAACCAAGAAGUUAUUAGUACUAUUGACACUAUGAACUUUAUCGCAUUGAAGCCCCUUUUCUUGACUCUUCAUGUAGUAAACCAAACAGGGCGGAUAUUUUUAACCCCAAAUGUGUUAAACUUUAUGAACUUUUGAUGACGACAUGCUAAGUAGAGCUGUAAUCUUGACUUUGACUGUUGACGAUUUCGUAUGGCAUCCAGCUGACAGUGAAAGCCUCUUUUGAGAGGAAGCCGUGUUAUGUCUGUCUCUUUGUGUUGCAUUGCGUAUGCAUGUGUGUUGGACCAUGCUCGCCCAGGGGCUCUUUGUGCUGUGCUGGCGUUAUUGCUCGCGCGAUUCAGGGCAACAUGUUACCUCUUGCCGGGGGAUGUGACUCUUGCUCAGGGCAACGAGUCAUUUCCUUCAAAGUUUCAACUUGUCCACACAUCUAGUUGGAGCAGUAACUAGCAGUUUUACUCUCAAACCGCUUUAGCUAAAAGAUUUCUUGUUUUAUGUGCCGAAUAGCUUUCCUAAGAAAUAUACCAAUUUCUGUUGGAAUUAAAGGCUUACAGCAAGGAGCAAUUGAAAAAUACUAACCAGGGUAAGCAUGCAAAGGUACAAAGAGUGUGUUAGCCAUUCAUCUACAUGUGUGUUUACACUGCAAGUCCUUCCCAGGUGCUUUACAAUCCUAAGGAUUACAGUGGAGGGAGAUCCAGCAGACACACUCAACCAUCUCCCUGAAAGCCCACUCCACCACAGAAAAAAAAGAGGAGGGGAGACAACGUGUGAGAGGGAGGUGGAGGGAGAUAACAGAUCAGAAGGAGGAAGGGAGAGGUAAAAGGAGUGUAAAUUCAGCAGACCUGCACUACAAAGGCUUCCCAACCCCGGAGCAGGCAGGGAGGCUGGAACCGAGGAGUGUUUCUUUCGGUAUUUGUUUUGUGCAUGAAAAAAGCAGUUUGUCUUCUUUCAAACCUUGCAGAAUGGUGGGACUCUCCUCCACUGCUGCUGAGGCCAUGGACGCGUUGGUGAGUGAGCUGGGUGUGCUGCUGAAGAUGCUGGACCAGGAAAACCUCAGCUCCUCCACUCAGGAGAAGAAGACAUCUGUGCGGAAUCUUCUUCAACAAAUCCAACCACCAGUAUCAGGAACAGACUACAUCUACAUGAACUCUUCCGUCUACAGAAAUGGCACAAGCUUUGUAGAGUCGCUCUUUGACACAUUUGACUGUGCAAUAGGAGACUUAAAGGACGUUGACGAGGAGCUGAGGGAAGACAUCGCCACUCAAACGGACACAAUAAAACAGAAGGGCUGUGCAGACUCCCCUGCCUCACAUUCGGCCAUCUUUCCUCCUCCUCUGCCCACAACGCCGCCACCAGAGGAGUACUACGAGGAGGCGGUACCCCUCGGCCCUGGCAAGAUGCCCGAGUACAUAAUCACACGAGUGAGGUCCAGCCCUCCAAAUUCUAUAGAGGAAGCCUAUGAAGAUGCUGACAACCACUACCCGACUACCUGCAUCAACUCGCAGCGCAAAAACUCAUACAACGACUCUGAUGCUCUGAGCAGCUCCUACGAAUCAUACGAGGAUGAUGAAGAGGAGCGGAGUCCUGACAUCCAGCUCACUCAUCAGUGGCCCUCAGUUGAGAGCUCCAUGCCUCCCACCCGAGACUGCCGCAUCUGUGCCUUUCUGCUCCGCAAAAAGCGCUUCGGCCAGUGGGGCAAGCAGCUCACAGUGAUACGAGAGAACAGACUACAAUGCUACAAGAGUUCCAAGGACACAACUCCUUAUGUGGAUCUCCUGCUGCCUCAAUGUACUGUAGUCUACGUGCCCAAAGACAGCAAGAGAAAGCACCACGAGCUUCGGUUCACCUUACCCAACGGAGAUGGCAUUGUGCUGGCGGUGCAGAGCAAGGAGCAGGCUCACACCUGGCUGACUGUUGUUAGAGAAGUGAGUGGUCAACAUGUGGGGUCUGAGGGGUCGGUGUCGCCUGUCAUACCAAGGAAAAAUGAGCUCGACAAGAGGUUAUCUGCUGAAAGAAGCACGUCCGACUCUGACAGUGUGGUUGUGCCAGCUGCAGACAAGGAGAAUGGUAAGGUGAAACGGAGUGCUUUCGCUGCUGGUCGCAAGAUCUCACAGAUCAUCAGUUUCUCUAAGAAAAAAUCCUCUCGAGCGACCAACAAAGACCCUGGACAAGGUUACCUGUCAGCGCUGGUUAACCAGGUGUGGAGGGAACAGUGGUGCUGCGUUUGCAAAGGCUCUUUGCAUUUUUACCAUGACAAAGGAGACCCUCGCACCUCCCUUCCUUCACUGCCCCUUCAUGGCUGCGAGGUCGUUCCAGGCCUUGGACCCAAACACCCCUUUGCCUUCCGGAUUCUGAGAAACAGCACAGAAGUGGCUGCCUUAGAGGCGAGCAGUUCCGAGGAGCUUGGGCGCUGGCUCGGCGUCCUCCUGGCAGAGAUGGGCUCCUCCACAGACCCGGAGUCUCUGCACUACGACUACGUUGACGUUGAAACGAUUGCAAACAUUCGAGAUGCUGCACGAUGCUCCUUUCUGUGGGCCACUUCCUCCAGCAGUACCUCGAAAGACUUCAGAACAUAUGAUGAAGUCCCUAAUGAGGAAGUACAGUUAAGGGAACCCCGCAAGCAACAAAAUGGGAAUCAAGCGAAGCGGCGCUCGAGCUUUUCAAGUAGCGAUUCUGACAGAACUAAGCCAUUGACCUCCAUCAAACGAACAAACUCGCAUGCCAACCAGUACGGAAAAUAUGGGAAAACACGAGCCGAGGAAGAUGCCAAACGUUACCUGAGAGACAAGGAGGAGCUGGAAAGUGAGAAAAACGGGAUACGGAACGCACUGGUGACCCUCCGGCAGGAGAAGAGGGAGCUGAAGGAGGAGCUGAAGACGGCCUCUGAUAGGAGGAAGUUUCUCCUCGACAAACGGGUGUCGGAGCUGGAGGAGGCCUGUCGAGCCAAAGAGGCGGAGAGGGUGGACCUGGAACUGCGUCUGACUCAAGUCAAAGAAAACCUGAAGAAGAGCCUGGCAGGUGGCGCUCUGGGGGCGCCGCUGGAGAAUAAACCCCCUGUUAGGCCCUCCAGCAAAAAGAUCCAGAACAUCUACAGUGAUUCUUUGCCCGUGAACUGCGCCUCGGAGAUGCGAAGGAGACCUCCGUCUGUGUAUGCAUCCUCUGGAAGUGUCAUGCAAAAAGCAAAGGAAUGGGAAUCAAAGAAAGGAACCUAGAAGGAGUUAAAUGGAAAGCGUUGAUCACUAAAUGGAUAUCAGGAUGCGGCUUUUCCCCCACAUUCUCCCACUGUAAGGACAAUCUUCGGUUUUUGCCAUGUGAGGAUUUAAGGCACAAUUUCGAACAUGCAAGAACGAUUUCCACCACUAGAGGGAGACACAUUCCCACUGAACUUUUCUCUCUUCAACGGAUCUUUUGGAUCAUUUUUGAACUCUAGUGGUGAGGGACUCUAGUUAUAUGACCCCCACCCUCCAAAAAAAAAACAUACAAGAGAUAUAUAGUUAGAAACGAUAAAUGCAAGAAAAGAGAUUUGAAAGUAGAGUGACAGCACAGAAUGGAGAAAUAUGCAAUGAUGGCACUGAAAGUACGAUGCUUGACUGUUUGAGAGAAAUGUCGCAAAAGAAAACCUGAGUAAUGUGAUGUGUUGUACAAAAAAAAUGUUUUAUUUUAUACUUGAUUUCUAUUUUUGUUUUCAGUGUUUUUUGGUGCUUUUAUGAUACUUUUAUUGUACAGUUAACUUUGACUACUAUUUUUUUAAAUACUUUUUUGUGUGUAAGAAAUGUGCCAAAAAAGCCAUGUCCAUCAUCAUACAUGUUUUCACUCAAAAGGAGAUUAUUUUUAAAAUUGUCAUAA